AAGACGUCGUCGGAGGAAGGCUGAAAAAGCCCAAGGUGCUGCCGUUGCUAGUACAAGUCGGACUUGCCGUUGCCGGAGUCGCGUCUGCACCCGUCUCGGACCCAGCGCAGCCCGCCGCCGCGGUUCCGGAGCCCACCCUGCCCUCGCCCGUGCCCGACCCGCGGUGAUGGAGCCGGCCACCGCGCUGCCCCCGGGCCCGCGCCCGGCGCUGCCCCUCGGGGGCCCGGGCCCGCUGGGCGAGUUCCUGCCUCCCCCCGAGUGCCCGGUCUUCGAGCCCAGCUGGGAAGAGUUCGCGGACCCCUUCGCUUUCAUCCACAAGAUCCGGCCCAUAGCCGAGCAGACUGGGAUCUGUAAGGUGCGGCCGCCGCCGGAUUGGCAGCCACCAUUUGCAUGUGAUGUUGACAAACUUCAUUUUACCCCACGUAUCCAGAGGCUGAAUGAAUUGGAGGCUCAAACUCGAGUAAAACUGAAUUUCUUGGACCAGAUUGCAAAGUACUGGGAGUUACAGGGAAGCACUCUGAAAAUUCCACAUGUGGAAAGGAAGAUCUUGGACUUGUUUCAGCUCAAUAAGUUAGUUGCAGAAGAAGGUGGAUUUGCAGUUGUUUGCAAGGAUAGAAAAUGGACCAAAAUUGCCACCAAGAUGGGAUUUGCUCCUGGCAAAGCUGUGGGCUCCCAUAUCAGAGGGCAUUAUGAGCGAAUCCUCAACCCCUACAACUUAUUCCUGUCAGGAGACAGUUUGAGAUGUCUGCAGAAGCCAAACCUGAGCACAGACACAAAGGACAAGGAGUACAAACCCCAUGAUAUUCCCCAGAGGCAGUCUGUGCAGCCCUCAGAAACAUGCCCCCCAGCCCGACGAGCAAAACGCAUGAGAGCGGAGGCCAUGAAUAUUAAAAUAGAACCAGAAGAGACAGCAGAAGCCAGAACUCAUAAUCUGAGACGACGAAUGGGUUGUCCAACUCCAAAAUGUGAAACUGAGAGAGAAAUGAAAAGCAUCGUCAAGCAAGAACCCAUUGAGAAGAAAGAGUACAUUGUAGAAAGCGAGAAGGAAAAACCCAAGAGCCGAUCUAAAAAAACCACCAAUGCUGUAGAUUUGUAUGUCUGCCUCUUAUGUGGCAGUGGCAAUGAUGAAGACCGGCUUCUUUUGUGUGAUGGGUGUGAUGACAGUUAUCACACCUUUUGCUUGAUCCCACCUCUCCAUGAUGUUCCCAAGGGAGACUGGAGGUGUCCUAAGUGUUUGGCCCAGGAGUGUAGUAAGCCACAAGAGGCAUUUGGCUUUGAACAAGCAGCCAGGGACUAUACCCUCCGUACUUUUGGGGAAAUGGCAGAUGCGUUCAAAUCUGAUUAUUUCAACAUGCCAGUCCAUAUGGUUCCCACAGAACUGGUUGAGAAAGAAUUUUGGCGACUGGUAAGCACUAUUGAAGAGGAUGUCACAGUAGAAUAUGGAGCCGAUAUUGCCUCAAAAGAAUUUGGCAGUGGCUUCCCUGUCCGAGAUGGGAAAAUCAAACUUUCACCUGAAGAGGAGGAAUAUCUUGAUAGUGGCUGGAAUUUGAACAAUAUGCCAGUGAUGGAACAGUCUGUCCUUGCUCACAUUACCGCUGAUAUAUGUGGCAUGAAACUUCCUUGGUUAUAUGUAGGAAUGUGCUUUUCUUCAUUCUGUUGGCAUAUUGAAGACCACUGGAGCUAUUCGAUUAACUACCUGCACUGGGGUGAGCCAAAAACCUGGUAUGGAGUCCCAGGGUAUGCUGCCGAGCAGCUAGAAAAUGUAAUGAAGAAACUAGCUCCAGAGCUCUUUGUGUCCCAGCCAGAUCUUCUCCAUCAGCUUGUGACCAUCAUGAACCCCAAUACCCUGAUGACUCAUGAAGUGCCUGUUUACCGAACUAAUCAGUGUGCUGGGGAGUUUGUGAUUACGUUUCCAAGAGCCUACCACAGUGGUUUUAAUCAAGGUUUUAAUUUUGCUGAGGCUGUUAACUUCUGCACUGUUGAUUGGCUGCCAUUAGGCCGACAGUGUGUGGAGCAUUAUCGUUUGCUUCACCGCUAUUGUGUAUUUUCCCACGAUGAGAUGAUUUGCAAGAUGGCUUCCAAGGCUGAUGUACUAGAUGUCGUAGUGGCUUCAACUGUUCAGAAAGACAUGGCCAUUAUGAUUGAGGAUGAGAAAGCUUUAAGAGAAACUGUCCGUAAAUUGGGAGUAAUUGAUUCAGAAAGAAUGGAUUUUGAGCUGUUGCCAGAUGAUGAGCGUCAGUGUAUAAAAUGCAAAACGACAUGCUUCAUGUCUGCCAUCUCCUGUUCUUGUAAACCUGGCCUGCUUGUUUGCCUGCAUCAUGUGAAAGAAUUGUGUUCCUGUCCCCCUUAUAAAUAUAAACUGAGGUAUAGAUACACUCUGGAUGAUCUCUACCCCAUGAUGAAUGCAUUGAAGCUUCGAGCAGAAUCCUACAACGAAUGGGCCCUGAAUGUGAAUGAAGCUUUGGAGGCAAAGAUUAACAAAAAGAAAAGCCUUGUGAGCUUUAAGGCUUUAAUUGAGGAAUCGGAAAUGAAGAAAUUCCCAGACAAUGAUCUUUUGCGCCACCUUCGCCUAGUCACACAGGACGCGGAGAAGUGUGCUUCUGUUGCUCAGCAGCUGCUUAAUGGCAAAAGGCAAACUAGAUACCGAUCUGGUGGAGGAAAAUCCCAAAAUCAAUUGACAGUGAAUGAACUCAGACAGUUUGUGACACAACUGUAUGCUCUUCCAUGUGUCCUCAGUCAAACGCCUUUGCUAAAGGAUCUCUUGAAUCGUGUAGAAGAUUUCCAACAGCAUAGCCAGAAAUUGCUUUCUGAGGAGAUGCCCAGUGCUGCUGAGCUGCAAGACUUGCUAGAUGUCAGCUUUGAAUUUGAUGUUGAACUUCCACAGCUUGCUGAGAUGCGUGUCCGUCUGGAGCAGGCCCGCUGGCUAGAAGAGGUGCAACAAGCUUGCCUAGACCCCAGCUCCCUUACACUAGAUGAUAUGAGACGUCUCAUAGACCUAGGGGUGGGUCUAGCCCCAUAUUCAGCAGUGGAGAAAGCAAUGGCCCGGCUUCAGGAGCUGCUUACGGUGUCAGAGCACUGGGAUGACAAAGCCAAGAGUCUUCUCAAGGCCAGACCUCGGCAUUCAUUGACUAGCCUUGCUACAGCAGUUAAGGAGAUUGAGGAGAUCCCCGCUUAUCUGCCAAAUGGUGCGGCUCUGAAAGACUCAGUGCAGAGAGCCAGGGACUGGCUUCAGGAUGUAGAGGCCCUGCAGGUUGGAGGACGUGUGCCAGUGUUAGACACACUCAUAGAACUUGUUACACGAGGCCGAUCUAUCCCGGUACAUCUGAAUUCUUUACCAAGACUGGAAUUACUAGUAGCUGAGGUUCAGGCUUGGAAAGAAUGUGCUGCUAAUACAUUCUUGACUGAGAAUUCUCCAUAUUCUCUUUUAGAGGUGCUGUGUCCUCGAUGUGACAUUGGCCUUUUGGGAUUGAAGAGGAAGCAGAGAAAGUUAAAGGAGCCCUUGCCAAGUGGAAAGAAGAAAAGCACCAAAUUAGAGAGUCUGAGUGACCUGGAGAGAGCUUUAACUGAAAGCAAAGAGACUGCUUCGGCUAUGGCAACACUUGGGGAAGCUCGCCUAAGGGAAAUGGAAGCCUUGCAGUCUCUCAGACUAGCCAAUGAAGGGAAGUUGCUGUCACCUGUCCAAGAUGUGGAGCUGAAAGUCUGCCUGUGUCAGAAGGCCCCAGCUGCCCCUAUGAUCCAAUGUGAACUCUGCAGGGAUGCCUUCCACACUAGCUGUGUGGCAGUACCCAGUAUUUCGCAAAGCCCCCGAAUCUGGCUUUGUCCCCAUUGUCGGAGGUCAGAGAAACCUCCAUUAGAGAAAAUUCUGCCCCUGCUGGCCUCCCUGCAGCGUAUCCGAGUUCGCCUUCCUGAGGGAGAUGCACUUCGGUAUAUGAUCGAAAGAACCGUGAACUGGCAACACAGAGCCCAGCAACUGCUUUCAUCAGGGAAUCUCAAAUUUGUGCAAGAUCGAGUGGGCUCAGGACUGUUGUAUAGCAGAUGGCAAGCUUCAGCGGGACAAGUGUCAGAGACCAGCAAGGGAUCUCAGCCCACUGGCACAACAUCCUUUUCCUUGCCUGAUGACUGGGACAACAGAACCUCAUAUUUACACUCUCCCUUCUCUACUGGACGAAGUUGUAUCCCCCUCCAUGGUGUUAGCCCAGAAGUGAAUGAGCUGUUGAUGGAAGCUCAGCUGCUCCAGGUAUCCCUUCCUGAAAUUCAGGAACUUUACCAGACUUUACUUGCAAAGCCGACCCCUGCUCAGCAAACUGACCGGAGCUCACCAGCUAGACCCAGCGGUGAGAAGAAUGACUGCUGCCGUGGGAAACGAGAUGGAAUCAACAGUCUUGAGAGAAAACUGAAGAGACGCCUGGAAAGAGAAGGCCUCUCCAGUGAUCGGUGGGAUCGAGUUAAAAACAUGCGGACCCCCAAAAAGAAGAAAAUCAAACUGAGCCACUCCAAGGACAUGAACAAUUUCAAGUUAGAGAGGGAGCGUAGCUAUGAAUUAGUCCGUUCUGCCGAAACUCAUUCCCUGCCCUCAGACACAUCCUAUUCUGAACAGGAGGACUCUGAGGAUGAAGAUGCCAUCUGCCCAGCUGUGAGCUGCCUGCAGCCAGAAGGAGAUGAGGUGGACUGGGUCCAGUGUGAUGGCAGCUGCAAUCAGUGGUUUCAUCAGGUCUGUGUUGGUGUUUCUCCAGAGAUGGCAGAGAAAGAAGACUACAUCUGUGUGCGCUGUACUGUGAAGGACGCACCAAGCCGAAAAUAAAACACACACACACACACACACACGCACACACGCACACACACACACAGACACACACACACACACAAAACACCCCCCCCCGCCCCCAACCACUUAACGUAAUUCAGGACUCCAACCAAGAAGAUUUCUUCAAUUUCUCAGCAAAGCUACAGGACUGGUAUUCAAACCAGCCUGUAAACGGUGCUAUUUCUAUUCCUUACGGGAUCAUUUUUCCAGAACUCUUUGAAAAAAAGAAAAAAACAACUAAAAAAAUUUUUGACACUUUUUGUAUUUUUUUCCUUAAGAGCUGUUUGUGGUUGUUGAGGUUUGAAAUGCUGACUGUUUUUUUGCAGGGGUUUCCACCAAUUUGGAAGGCAUUAGAGCUUGCACCUUUUCAUGUACAGCAUUAAAAUCUUACCUCUGUCUGGGAUUUACCGGCUUAAGAGUCCAACUCAGUUUCAGUGCCCAGAAGGGCACCAGAAAUUCCAGUAAAUCCUCAUUUGAGGAAUUUCUCUCUUGUUUACUCUGUUACCAUAUUGGGGAACUUAAGUUUUUCACUUUUGGGGUUUUUUGUUUGUUUCUUUAUCCACUUUUCUUUUUCCUGGUAGACUAGGUUUAUUUAUCUAAGCAAUAACUUCUAUGUUGGUUUCAGUGGCUGGAAUUAAAACAAAACAAAACAAACUUCCAAACAGUGUGUUGGUGCUUUAGCAUUUGGUUGAUGUACAGAACACGAAUGUCUAGUUUCUAGUGUCACUGAUGAACUAGUGAUGUAGAAAAGAGACUGCUCUGUAAGUCAUUGCCACAGCUGUAUUUUGGCUUUCUCCCUGCCCCUUCGUUCCUCUCCUUAUUUUUUUGGUAGCUUGUAUCAAAUGUUGCAGUUUAUAUUGUGGAAUAAAUCCUUGGUCCUAAUUUAACACUAAAUGCUGGUUAUUUAGAGCCAUUAGACUGCAGCUUCUCCCGCCCCUCUACCUUGUGGGCUUUGAAGAACUAGAGGGGGGUUGCUUGCUUUUGCCUCUGCCCAACUAGGCCCCAGUAGCAGUGGACGAUUCUUUUGUAUCCUGCUCUGUUUGCCGGGCCAUGUG